AUGUUUUCUAUGGAUUUACUUAUUUAUUUUUCAUACGCUUUAUUCAUUUCCAUAUUUACGCUUCUUUCAUUUCUUUCUUUCCUCUUUUUUAUUUUUUAUAUAUUUGUUUCUUUGUUUCGUUGUAUAUUGAUAUACAUUUUCUUUUUUUCUAUUUCUCUCCGUCAUUUUUUCUACGAAUUUAUUUAUUUAAUCACCUACACUUUUUCUUCCACCUGUAGAAUGAGUCUUUCUUUCGUGAGACAUUUGUAUCUAUCUGCUCAUUUCAUUUUCCUUUUUCCUUCCUUUAUUUUUUCUUUCUCUUUCUCUCUCCUUUCUUUUUUCUCUUUCUUUCUCUUUCUCUCAACUUUCCUUUUUUCUUUCUCUUUCGCUUUCUCUCUCCUUUAUUUUCUUCCUCUUUCUUUUUUUUCUUUCUUUCUCUCUCCUUUCUUUCUCUCCACUCUCUCUCUCUCUCUCUUUUCUUUUUCCUUUCUCUUUUUUCUCUCCUUUCUUUUUUCUUUCUCUCAACCUUCAUCUUUUUUCUUUCUGUCUCUCUCUCCUUUCUUUUACUUUUUUUUUCUUUCCAUUUAUCUCUCUCUUUCUUUCCUUUUUCUUCUAAAUUUAAGUUUUGUUUUCUUGAAUAUGUUUUCUAUGAGAUUUCUUUCUUUCUUUUCUUUUUUUUAA